GGUUUAAAAAAUUAAUUUAAUACACUUUUUUAAUACUUUUUAACUGAAAUAAUGUUUCCAAAAGUCGAAGAGUCAGAGCUAAUAAAGAACGAGUUUAGCAGAUUGAAAGGAAUAUGUUAUCUGGACCACGCGGGUUCAACGCUGUACGCUGACAGUCAAAUAAACAACGUGAUGAAAGAUCUGAAAACGCACUUGUACGGAAAUCCUCAUUCAACCGGUGAUCCGUCGGCCACUUGUGAAAAACUCAUAAAUGUUAUUCGAUUUAAGGUCCUCCAACACUUCAACACGAGACCAGAAAAGUACAGCGUGGUAUUCACGUCGGGUGCCACCGGAGCGUUGAAGACAGUGGCCGAAUGUUUCGCGUGGGACAACGAAGACGAUGACCGACUAGUGGAUUCAGUUUACCGUUCGAGGGGCAGCACCUUCGCGUACACAGAAGACAAUCACACUUCAGUGUUGGGCAUGCGAGAGUUGGCCCCAAUGGCACAUCUGCUGUGUCUAACUCGAAACGAAGCUCACGAGGCUCUGGACAAGAUGCCUUCGUCUGCAGAAAAAGAUAUUUCGGUUGUGGGUUCCAGAAAUUCGCUGUUCGCUUUCCCAGCUCAAUCCAACUUUGCUGGCACGAAAUAUCCUCUUGAAUGGAUCGAAACGUGCCAAAAAGGUGCUCUUGACCAGUAUACUGGCAAUCACGUCAAGUCCAGAUGGUUCACUGUUCUGGACGCCUCCUCUUACGUGCCCACUAACCACCUGGACUUGGACAAAUAUUCACCGGACUUUGUCACUAUUUCGUUUUACAAAAUGUUUGGUUAUCCAACCGGUCUGGGAGCGCUGUUGGUCCGUAAUAAAACAGCCAUGUCGGUACUCCGUCAAAAAAAAUAUUUUGGUGGCGGCACUGUUGAAGUGGUGCUUGCACACAAUCGCCAUCAUGUGUUGAAAACAAAUUUCCAUGAAAAGUUCGAAGACGGCACGGUGGACUUCUUGUCAGUGAUCGCGGUUGGCCACGGACUCGACACUUUGCGAUCGCUGGCCGGUCCGAUGCGAAUGGUGGCCGGGCGGACGUUCAGACUGGCCGCGUACCUGUACGACCGGAUGUCUGGGGCGCGGCACGGAAAUGGAUUUCCUGUGUUCCGGACGUACGCGGACACGGUGUACCAGUGCGAAAGCACGCAGGGUGGUAUCGUUAACUUCAACGUGCUAAGGGCCAACGGCGAAUACGUCGGCUACAACGAGGUAAAAAACGUAGCCAGUAGUCACGGUAUAGUGCUCAGAGUAGGUUGUUUCUGCAACCCCGGGGCGUGUCAGAGGCAUUUGGGUCAUACAGACCAGGAAUUGAGACGAAACCAAGAAGUGGUAGGCCACAUUUGCGGAGAUCACAUUGAUCUUAUUGACGGACGGCCGACAGGAUCAGUGCGGGUUUCAUUUGGCUACCAGUCGAACGAAUCGGACGCUGAUACACUUUACAAUACGCUUUUUGAACAAUUUUGGCAGAAAUAUCCGGUCAGACCCAUCGACCGGCAACAGAACACAGUCGACGAGUACAAUAAGAUGGAUUUGCAAGUGUCAAAGAUUUUUGUUUAUCCGAUCAAGUCUUGCGGAGCAUAUGAAACGAAGGAAUGGCUAUUGGAACCAUACGGUUUUCAAUACGACAGAAGCUGGGCGGUGGUCAGUGAGACAGGAGUGUGUAUAACGCAAAUGGAAGAGCCAAAACUCUGUCUGGUGAAGCCUUAUAUCGAUUUGCAAAGAGGAACCAUGACUCUGGUAUACGCAGAAAACAAAGACGAAAUUCCGAUGGAAGUUCCACUGGAUACGAAACUCGAUGCGACCAAGAGAACGGGAAAAAUCUGUUGGGGUGGAUCUUUGGAAGGAAUCGACUGUGGAGACGAAGUGGCCGAAUGGCUCAGUUGGAACCUCGAUCGGCCAGGGUUAAGACUUGUUUGGUGCACCGGCCGCAAUGCGUCUCCAAAACAGUAUGGAAAGUUAGAUCCAAAGGUAGUGGGUGCUAACGAAUGUCAAUAUCUAUUGUCCACGCAACCAACGCUCAAGUGGUUACAGCAAGAAAUGGCAAACUCGAUAGCGGAAAUAGAUGAAGAUAGUCUGUUACUUCGAUUCCGAGGUAAUUUUUUGAUUUCUGGCAACAAUCUACCAGCCCACGCCGAAUUAACUUGGGACCAGUUGGACAUUGGAGGAGUCAAAUUUCAAGCCGCUUCGGCUUGCGAAAGGUGCAAAAUGGUGAAUAUCGAUCAGGAUACAUCGGAGAACAUUUAUAAGCCAAUGUCCAUAUUGUCUCAACACAAGUGGCAAGGCAAAAUUGUUUUCGGAAUCUAUAUGAAUCGCGAAGAUACGGAAAAAUGUAAAAUACGAGUGGGCCAAAAAUGCACUGUCAUUAAUAAAAAAUGAUUUGUCAAAGAAUAUACCUAAAUAUAAUACAAUAUAAUAUUA